AUGUAGUAAGUUUCUUUGAUAGCGAAAUUGGAAAAUCAACUGAGAAAAAGUGAAUAGUAUGCAGUAUCUCUGAGGAAGCAGAAAAAGGAUGACAAAAUAAGAUCUAAAAGAUAGUCUAGGCAUUUUAGUUAAAACUUGGAUCAAUAAUUACUGCAAAAGCUAAAUUUCAAUUAAGAGCCAGAGGAGGUGCUAUUUCAAUAAGCUAUUGAUAGCCUCAGAUAGGCUAUGAAUAAUAUUAAGCAAUAGUUGAGGUUCACUAAUGAUUGCUAAUAAUCAGAGGUAGAAAAUAUUUUCGGCAUUCUUAUAAAUAAUGGGUCAAAGCUAGAUGAUAUAAUAUUAGAAUUACUAAAUCUUGAGAUAAUAGAGGUAUCUUAAGAACUGCUCAGACUCUAUCCACUCCUAUCAGCAUAAAUCAUAGUUCAGCUAUCAGUUGGAUCUGAUAAAAAUGUAUCAGUAUAUAUCACUGAGAAGUCUACAUUGUUUCAGCCCAGCAAAGCAAAGCAGAGUUUACUUGACAUUAUUUUCAACUAUGCUCAAGAGCAAACUGAUGAUAUUAUUAUGAAAGAGCAGUUCUAUACUUUAAUUGGAAAUAUUGGAAAUGAUGGAGUUUACCCCAGGGAUUAAGUCUUUAAACUUGAGGGACUUUUCGAUAUGAUGCUAAUCGAUCUGACAAAUGAAAGGCUGAUUGAUUUUAUAUUGUGGAGUCUGUAUAAUCUUGUUUCAGCUGAUCUAGUUGAUAAGACCAUUCUUAAGAAUUUAUCGAAAGUUGUUAUUCAAGUGCAGAGGAAGUACGAUAUUCUUCACUAAUGGCAAAGCUUGUAGAUGUUUGUUAUUUAUCUGAUUGGAAAUGUAUGCAGAGGAUCUAAAAACUUAUGCUCCAAAAUGCUUUAAGAAUAUAGAUUUUUCUUGCUUGAAAUGCUUCAACGGUAUAACUUUUAUGGUGAGGAAAUGAAGCAAUACAUUUUAUUGAGUUGGAUAAAAAUAACAUACAAUCUACCUGGCGAUUAACUUAGUAAUUUAGUCAAGGAAUCAAAUAUCGUUGACUAGUUAAGACCAGAUCAUAUUAACUAUCUUUUAGCACAGCAUAGCUAAAUCCUCACAACUCUUGCCAAUAUGAAUGCUUAUUAAAUUCCACUUCUUUAAUCUUUGAUAAUAACUAUUUUGAGAAAUAUUUUUUAGCUUGCGAAAUUUGAAGAUAUAAACAAAUUAGAAAUCUAGCAUAGCUAGCUAUAAAAUCGAGGUUUAAUUCACGAGGUUACAGAUAUGAUCAAUUAUGGAGUAGUAAAUCAUAUAAAGUCAACAGUAAGAUCAGGUUUAAAGUUUCUCAAGUCAAUUAUGAAAAGAGAAGAUAUACUUUAAUAUGUCAAGUUGAGUCCUUAAUACGGAGAGCCUUGGAGGCAAGAAAUCAUUAGGUUAAUGAAUAUCAUCAUUAUAGAAUAUGUAGCCAAUAGAAAACUCUACUCUAUGGCUAUUGAUAUAUUAGAAAAGGAUUUUAAUGAUAAUUAGGAAUCAAUCGAUUUGGGUGAUGAUGAUGAAGAGUAAUACUCUGAGUAUAAAAUCUAAAAAAUUAUGAUUUGA